AUGGCCGGUGUCCGGGCGCCCCUAGUGCAGCAGGGGAAGCGGGGAGCCCUUAGCACAUCUGCCGCCAGUCUGAGCGGGCUCAGAAGCCCCGACGCCCCCGCAGCUCGCCUGAUUGACUCCCCUCUGCUCCCGGCCGCCGCCCAAUGGGGGCCCGCGGGCGGGGAUAUAAGCCCUCCCCGGGCCCCUUCUCACCAGCGCUUCCUCCUGUCCGCUCCGCCGCUGUCCCGCUCCUGCUGCCACCGCCUGCGCCACGCGCUGCCGCGCCGCUCCCGCACCAUGGGGCGCCCCGCGCUCCGGCUGCGGCUCCUGCUGCUGCUCCUGGCGGCGGCUCGUGCCUGGGGCCGCCUUCUGCCCGGCGCGGAUGAGCAAGCUUGUGGUACUACACAGCAGGCUGCAUGUGGAGAAAAGUGUAUUCCUCUAACGUGGCUAUGUAAUGGGGAACAUGAUUGCACUAAUGGGAUUGAUGAAGAUUGUGAAGUAGCAUGUCAUGGUGACCCAAAUGCAUGGCAGUGCGACAAUGGAAGAUGCAUUUCUAGUAGCUGGCUCUGUGAUGGUGUUAGUGAUUGCAUGGAUGGCUCAGACGAGAGAAACUGUGUAUGUGGAGAGAAGAAAAUUCGUUGUCAGGGAACUUCUCACUGCAUCGAUACUUGGGAAGUCUGUGACCUCCACGAAGACUGUGAAGAUGGCUCGGAUGAAGCAAGUUGUCCCAAGAGCCACUGUCUGCCAGGACAGUGGCAAUGUAAGAACAAAGUGUGUAUCAUGGAGGACUGGAAGUGCAAUGGCAUCAACAACUGUGGAGAUUCUUCAGAUGAAGAUGUCUGUGCAUCCUGUCCAGAAGGCAUGAUCCAAUGUGAUGAGGGGAAAUGCAUUAUGGAGUCACUUAUGUGCAAUGAUGAGAGGGACUGUCUAGAUGGAACAGAUGAGAUCACUACCUGUGGCAAAAACUGCUUUGUAAAUAACGGAGGCUGUGAGGGAAAAUGUACUGGAACUCACUGGGGUGUGAAGUGCUCAUGUGGUGCUGGCUGGGAGCUUCAUGUUAAUGGACAGAACUGUACUGAUGUGGAUGAAUGUGCCCUGGAAUACAAUCCCUGCAGCCAGCUGUGUAGGAAUACCAUUGGCUCUUUUACAUGUGGCUGUAUGAAGGGCUACUGGCUCCACAGUGGGACUACAUGCAAGGCUGCUGACAAUGCCACACAAAUCUUGCUAGCUUCAGGCCAUGACCUUGCUGUUUUGAAUGUGAGAACUCAUGACUAUCAAACCCUCAUCUCCACAAAGACUACACUUGAAGCUAUUGCUUAUGACUGGUUGAGAGAAACUUACUACUGGGUGGAUGAAGAGAGAAAAAUGUAUAUCUAUAUGCCUGGGAAGAACAGUACACUAUUCUACCCAGAUGUUGGAGAAGUAAACAGCAUAGCAGUGGACUGGCUCACAGGACAGCUAUACUGGGCCAGCAGCCACCCUCACAUGAUCUGUACUGGCUUAAGUGAUAAUCAGGGGUAUGUGAAAGUGUUAGAAAAGAAGCUGAUACCAGAGCAACUGACUCUGUAUCCAGAGAAAAGGUACAUGUACUGGGUGAAUCGUGGUGAGAAAGGCAGGACUCUGAUUGAAGCAGCAGGAAUGGAUGGUUCUGACAGACAAGUGCUUGCUGCAGUCUCCAUGGAAGAACCAUUGGGCCUGACUCUCGAUCACAUAACUGGCAGACUAUACUGGAUCAGCGAAUACAAAGAGUCUAUUGAAACCAUAAAAAUUGAUGGCAGUGGGAGACACACUUUUCCAGAGAUACUCAUGAAUCAUGAAGACCCUGUGGGACUUGCUGUAUUUGAAAGCACCUUCUUCUGGGCAGAUGAAGACCAUCUUGUGUCUGUUUCUUGGGAUUCCCUAGAGAAAAAGCAAGUGCUGCUGAAUGCCUCCAUCUCUGCCUUCACAGUGCUACAUGAGUUGCAACACUCUCCAUGGAACACUACUACAUGUACUCCAGGAUCAUGCAGUCACAUCUGCCUCCUCUCACCUGUCCAUCCAAAAGGCUACAAGUGUGCUUGUCCAGAAAACAUGUUCCUCCUGCCUUCUGGAAAAUGCGCAGAGUUAACACUUGUAUAUACAACUGGCAAAAAGCUCUACUUCCUGCAAGUAGGCCCCAAGGGUCUGACUGUCAACAAGACAGUGGUUCAAGAGCAGUGGAAAAACCUCCAUCUUCAGGAUGUGGACUGGAAAAGAGACUUCACUUAUUGGACGGAUAACAAAGGGACACUAAUACGCUUCACUGGGCACCCAGGAAGAGGAGAAACCAUCCAAAUUGGGUUACCAGUCUGUUCUGCUAAAGUUGAUAUAUCAUCUGGAGCCAUAUACUGGCUAGCUUGUAACAGAAGUUACAUUAAAGUUACCAGACUUGCUGACAUGGUCACAAAUACGCUCUACCAUGCGGAGAGCAUCAUAUGGCACAUCUCUCUAGACUGGCAGAGGGCAUCCCUGUACUGGCUUGAAAGUGGAAAACCUCUCAAGAAGAUGAACCUUACUAGUGGUAGUAUGCAGGAUGUCUGGAAUGUAACCUGGUCGGAUGACCUUCAUAUUGCCCUAGAUGCAAGAUCUUUCAGCUUUCUCUGGAGUUCAAAAAACCUGGGUCUGCAGGUUCUGAGCCUUGCUAAGAAUAAAAUGGACACAUUGAAGAAAAGCUGGAUGUAUGGGAUAGUAGCUGCUUAUGAACCUUACCUGGUGUCGGUCAACAAAACCAUUCUCCUGCUCUGGGACAGAAGGAAGAUGGAGGUCUUGGCCAGCAUAGAGGAAGCCAACAUAAAGGAAGUACUUUUGUUCCUGGCCACAGAAAUGAAGACUGUUCCAGAGCCAGUAGCUGUUUCUCCAAAGCCAGCUACCACAACAACACUUGCACCAGCGACUCUGAAGACAACAGUAACUACUACCAAAAAGAGUACGGCAGCUACCACAACAGUAAAGUUAACAACCACUUCAAUUGCACUAACUCCUCUGUCUUGUCCUCGGACUCUUGUACCUUGCCAAGAUGGAAAAGAGUGCAUACCAAAUGAGUAUUGGUGUGAUGGAGAGAGGGACUGUAAGGAUGGCUCUGAUGAAGAAGACUGUUCUCAGUUCUGUAAUUCUCCAGGGGUUUUCAAGUGUCUGAGUGGGAACAAAUGCAUUGAGGGGAGAGAGCACUGUGAUGGUGUACAACAGUGUCCUGAUGGUUCAGAUGAGUUAAACUGCUGGAAGCCCACACAAGAAUGUGCUCUGCGUUGUGAUGGCAACAUGCGCUGUGUCCCAGAGAGCUGGCUGUGUGAUGGCAAUGCAGACUGUCUUGAUCAAGCGGAUGAGCAAGGAUGUGUUCAUGAAGAGUGCAGCAAGUCUGAAUUCCAGUGCAGGAGUGGCCAGUGCAUCUCUUACUCCAUGCGCUGUGAUGGGGACUAUGACUGUAAGGACCACUCUGAUGAAGAAGACUGUGCAGUCCCCAAGCCACUACUAUGCCGAUCCGGAGAAGUUAUGUGCCCCAGAAGUGGAGAGUGUGUCCUGAAAGAAUGGAUAUGUGAUGAUGACCUAGACUGCAGAGAUGGAUCAGAUGAGCAGGACUGUGAGCAUGAGAAACCUGAAUGUAGUUCAAAGCAGUGGUCCUGCACUAGUUUCAAAGAGUGUGUUCCAGAUGUCUGGCGUUGUGAUGGGGAGAGAGACUGCAAAGAUGGAAGUGAUGAAACUGGAUGUCAGCCUGCAAAGUGCUCAAGUAAUGCGUUCCAGUGCAAAACAAAUGUCUGCCUGAACCACACCCUGGUCUGUAAUGGCAGGAAAGACUGCACAGAUGGGUCAGAUGAAGGUGAUAACUGUGUUCUGCCAUGUCAGAAGCCAUGCUCUCAAAUCUGCUACCAGUCACCUGGGGGACCUAGAUGCUCUUGUCGCAAGGGAUUUGAACUGCAUGAUGAUGGCUUCUCCUGUAGAGACAUCAAUGAGUGCCAGGAGCUAAGGCAUGCCCCUUGUAGCCAGACCUGUGUCAAUACUAAUGGCACCUACAGCUGUGCCUGCCACCCUGGCUACCUACUGGAACCAGAUAACCACACCUGUAAAGUGACAGGUUCAGAGCCAAUGCUGCUUGUAGCAGUCCAGUCUGACCUAUUACUCUAUGGAUUGAGAAGUCUGAAAGAUGAUAUCCUAGCUACCACUGACAAGAACUUAAUUAUCUUCUCUGUUGACUAUGACUUGGUAGAAAAGAAGGUUUUUUGGAUGGAUCUCAAUGCAGAAAGCAUUAAAUGGAUAUCAAUGGAUGCCAGGAAAAAGGGAACUCUUGUGAAAGGCAUCAAGUCAGACAGUAUUGCAGUAGAUUGGGUAGGGAGGAAUCUCUACUGGACUGAUGGGACUGCAGGGCAGCUGUUGGCCAUGCAACUAAAUGCUCCUUGGAGAAGAAAUGCUGAGUACACAGUGGUUCUAGAUGAGGAUUUAGACCAGCCUCGAUCACUGGUGCUCCAUCCACUGAAUGGGUUAAUGUACUGGUCUGAAAUAGGGGGCCAACCUCAAAUAGAAGAAGCUGGCAUGGAUGGCAGCAAUAGGAAAAUACUUAUUGACCAAGGGCUUGGCUGGCCAACUGGUCUGGCUCUUGACCUCCUAAGCUGGAAAAUCUUCUGGUCUGAUGACAAAUUUCACAGCAUUGGCUCUGCCAAUCUAGAUGGCAGUGGCAUAAAGGUAUUCCAACUAAGCCAGAUCAAGAGUCCCUUCUCAGUAGUUGUAUUUGAGGAUGAUAUCUACUGGUCUGAGAUGAAGACAAGGACUGUACAAAAAGUAGACAAAAAGACUGGUAAAAACAGGACUGUAUUGAUCAAGCGUCAUGGACAGCCCUAUAGCCUAAAGGUAAUGCAUGAAGUGUUGCAACCAACUGCACCAAACCCUUGCAGAGAACUUGGCUGCUCCCACUUAUGUCUGUUGAAUCCAAAAAGCAAAGGAAGCUGUCGGUGCCCAAUUGAACUAGUGCUUGCUGAUGGAAAAAACUGCAUUCCUCUUAAGGAUUCUGCAUUCUUGUUCCUAGUAGCUUCAACAGCUAUUACUCAGGUAUACCUGAAAAAGCUGCCAGCUACAAUAGGAGGGACAACUCUUCCUGAACACAAUAUUCUACCUGUCAUCAACCUAGAGCAUCUGACAGCAAUAGACUAUGCCGUGAAAGACCAGUCACUCUACUUUGCAGAGCUGGAAGGUGGUCACAUAAAGCUGUUAAAAAUCAAGGAUUCUGGCAAACUCCACUGGAAGAAAGUAGUGCCAGUAGAAGGCACUGUAAUAUCUCUUGCUCUUGACUGGUUGAGUGGUAAUAUAUACUGGGUCAGCAGCCAGAACCCAUACAUUCAAGUAGUAACUUCAAAUGGCCGUUAUAAUCUGACACUGAUUGACAAAGAGAUCCAUAAAGCAGUUGCAAUUGCACUGCACCCACCAACCGGGAUGAUGUGCUUUAUUGACCUAGGCUCUGAGAUUCCUAGGGCUACCCCAAAGAUAGUGUGCUCUGCUAUGGAUGGCAGCAAAAAGAUGGUGCUCUGGAGGAGAUCCCAAAUUCCUGUUGGCUUGACUUUUGCAGACCUGGGCACUCGGCUCUACUGGGCUGACCAUAUGAAAGGUGUUGUUGAAAGCAUUCAGUUGGAUGGCUCAAAAUACAGAGUAGUACGGGGAGGGCUGCAUGGCCUCUCGCUCUUCACAAUUGGCGAAGGCAUGAUGGUCUGGACAACCUCCACUAACAAUGAUACAAGAGUGUGGCACAGCAAACUAGAAGCAACAGAGAACUGGUGGUUUCAAGUGGAUGGGAAGAUCAUGGACCUAAAGAUAUACAGCAAGUUCACACAGCAAGGUACAAAUGGCUGUUCAGAGAACAACGGUGGAUGCAGCCAGAUCUGCUUGGCAACACCACAAGGGAGGGUCUGUAAAUGCUCCACUGGUUAUAAUCUAGAGCAUGGUACUGAAUGCAUUGCAGCUGUGACAUGUCCUGAGCUACUCAAGGCUUGCAGAGAUUUCAAGAAAUGCUUUACCAAAGAGCAAGCAUGCAAUGGCUACUUUGACUGCUUGGAUGGCUCUGAUGAAAGUGACUGCACCUAUCAAGAUGGGAAGAAACCCAGCACAACGGUACCACUUCCAAAGAGGCCAGGCAAGGAAGAGGAAGUACCAAAACGUAUCCUAACCACCACCAAGAGACCCACCACUAGAACCAAAUAUUUGUACCCAGAGGUGACAAAAUAUGCCAGAAGGAAGCCUUCAACUGUACAGACCCCUCCCCUAUAUAGGGAAAACAGGAUCACUCCAUCAAGCAUAUGGGAACGUAUAGAGCCUUCUCCAUCUCUCAGCAUUGAAAGGGUCCUUGGUUCUCAACCUUGCAGUAGUGAAACAUGUAAUAUGAGAGGAGAUUGCACCAUUGAAGAUGGCAUGGUGAAGUGCCACUGCAUGUUGGGAUACAGUGGUGACCACUGUGAAGAACCAGCAGUCAAACCUGCAGCUGGUCCCAUUAUCCUGGGCAUUCUUGUAGUACUGCUUAUCCUCAUGGCAAUGGUGGGAGCUUUCUUCUACAUGAGAAGGCAAAGUACCUUGAGAAGGACCUCCAGCACAGCCUCCUUUAGGCCUCUGACCUCUUAUCACAGGGAGAGUGAACCAGAGGAAGAAGAUAUUGCCACAAAUGUCUUGACAUUUGUUAACAAAGCCUAUGAUGGAAGACAGGAGCUGGUAACUCCCCUGAAGAUGGAAUGAGUUCAGCCUUGAAAUUAAAGUCUUAGUGAAAUUAAA